AUGUCCGAGCAGCGCCAGGGCUGGGAACAAACGGGGGAAGCUCCACCCCCCAGCCCGAGCCCCACACACCCCGCGCUGCCCCCCGAGCCCCCCAGCCCGAGCCCCACACACCCCGCGCUGCCCCCCGAGCCCCCCAGCCCGAGCCCCACGCACCCCGCACUGCCCCCCCAGCCCGAGCCCCACACACCCCGCGCUGCCCCCCGAGUCCCCCAGCCCGAGCCCCACACACCCCGCGCUGCCCCCCGAGCCCCCCAGCCCGAGCCCCACACACCCCGCGCUGCCCCCCCAGCCCGAGCCCCACGCACCCCGCACUGCCCCCCGAGCCCCCCAGCCCGAGCCCCACGCACCCCGCACUGCCCCCCCAGCCCGAGCCCCACGCACCCCGCGCUGCCCCCCGAGUCCCCCAGCCCGAGCCCCACACACCCCGCGCUGCCCCCCGAGUCCCCCAGCCCGAGCCCCACACACCCCGCGCUGCCCCCCGAGCCCCCCAGCCCGAGCCCCACACACCCCGUGCUCCCCCCCAGCCCGAGCCCCACACACCCCGCGCUGCCCCCCGAGCCCCCCAGCCCGAGCCCCACACACCCCGUGCUGCCCCCCCAGCCCGAGCCCCACACACCCCGCGCUGCCCCCCCCAGCCCGAGCCCCACACACCCCGCGCUGCCCCCCGAG